UUCCUCUUCUUCUGUCCUUAAAAAACUUAAAAUCGAAAAAAAAAAAAUUAGGGAGAGAAAGUAAAAUAGAAUCCCUACGAAAUCGCGUCCCUGAAAUUUAGCGAUUUUCUCUCUGUUUCUCUCUCUCUCUCACUAUAUAAGUAAAAGGAGGAGGAAAUGAAUUGAAGUGAGAGAGAUAAUCAAAAAGAAAAGAAGAGGGAGAGAUGAAUGUGAGCCAUGCGUCGGUUCAUCCAGUCGAAGAACCUCCUACCACGGAUGGAAAUAAUAAUAACAAUGUACCUCGUGUGAGGAUGAAAGACAUACAAGGAAUGCCUGGUACUAAAGGCGGCUUCGCCUUGCGUGUUUUUCAGUUCAUCUUUGCUGCUGCUGCUCUUGCUGUCAUGGCUACCACUAGUGACUUCCCUUCAGUGACUGCCUUUUGCUAUCUUGUUGCGGCUGCUGGUUUGCAGUUCUUGUGGAGCCUUACCUUGGCUAUAGUUGACUUAUAUGCUAUCUUGGUGAUGCGCUCCUUGCAAAAUUAUCACAUCGUCAGCUUGUUUGCUGUUGGUGAUGGGCUCACAUCCACUCUUACAUUUGCUGCUGCUUGUGCUUCUGCUGGCAUCACAGUCCUUAUUGAUAAUGAUCUUGGCAGUUGUGCUGAGAAUCAUUGUGUGCAAUUUGAAACAGCGACAGCCAUGGCUUUCAUUAGCUGGUUUACUGCACUGCCAUCUUUUCUACUGAACUUCUGGUCUCUGGCAUCCAGAUGACAGAAAAAAAAGACCGAAAACUGAAAACCAAAAAAGAGAAAAACAAAUCGAUAUACGAGCCAUUUUGUCACCAAUUGAUGAAAUACGUGGUGGUGUUUGACCUGUAUUGCCUGAUGUUGUGUGCUCCAAUUCUCAAAUGUUGAACUCAACUCUCUUCUUCCACUUGAAUAGUUUUUGUAAAUUGGGAUGCAUCGUAAAUACUUGGGGUUGUUUUGUAUCGUCAGCUUAUGCUGUGUAUUACGGAGGAAAUGAAGUUGAGUUUAUUCUUCUAGACAUGGAUUGUAGAAGUAGCUGAACUUGAGUAGUGUGUCUAACAAAGAGUGUUACCGAUAAAAUUUUCAUCUUUCAUCUCCACUUUA